AUGGCACCACAAGCUGAUUUUGCCAAGAUUGGGUAUGAGAUAGAAAAUUUUUUUGGUAGGCAAAAGAGUUUCUGCGAUGGCAACCCUCCAGCGACUCAAAAUCUCUGCCGAUACAAAUUUUUUCCAUCUUAUGGAGCCACAAAGGUGGUCCACAUGAAUGUGGAAGAUGUGAAAUGCAAUGAGGCUGCUUCAAGAUUCAUGGCAGAAAAGAGAACGGAGCUGCAGAUGAAAGGUUUGGUUGGGCAGAACUGUGGCGCAAUAAUGGCCACGACGAAGAGAGUCGGUGUUCUUAUUAUGUUCUUUGCACUGGUUUAUUAUGUGGAUGCUAUUAAGAAGGUAAUGCCAAUUCCUGGUCCUGAUAUCUACAAGAACCAAAAUGUAGCUCAGGAUGUACUUUCUCCUGGAGAAAAGAUAAAUAAUGUCAUAAACUUUGGAGCCAAACCUAAUGGCAAGUUUGACUGCACUCAGGCUUUCAUGGAUGCAUGGCAAGCAACUUGCCACUCCAAAAAGCAAGCCAGGCUUCUGAUUCCUAAGGGAAGAUUUGUGGUUUCUUCAAUGUUUUUCGCAGGUCCAUGUAUGACUCCAGAGCCCAUAACAAUCCAAGUUGUAGGCACAAUUGCGGCUACAACAGAUCUCAGUGAGUAUGUGAAUGGUGACUGGCUCCUGUUUGAGGACCUGAAUGGUAUAAAAGUUAUUGGUGGUGGUACUUUUGAUGGCGUGGGUAAGGAAUCAUGGAAAACAGCUUCGAACUGUAAAGUAGACCCCUCCGACUCUUGCAUCAGAAACCCUGCUAGUAUAUAUUUCCACAGAGUUAGGAAUGGAAUUAUACAGAACAUCAAAUCCAUAGAUCCCAAAGGCUUUCACAUAUUUGUCACUAACUGUGUUAACAUCAGACUUCGACGACUUAAGAUCAGUGCACCAGAUGAAAGCCCUAACACUGAUGGAAUUCAUAUUAGCCAAUCCGUCGAUAUAAAAGUAUCCAAAAAUGUCAUUCAAACUGGCGAUGAUUGUCUUUCCAUGAUACACGGAUCCCACGAUGUUUCCGUCAACAAAAUGGAUUGUGGUCAUGGACACGGUAUUAGUAUUGGAAGUCUUGGAAAGUAUGAGGAUGAGCUAGAAGUGAAAAACAUUCGUGUCAAGAACAUCACGAUGAUUGGCACAACUAAUGGCCUCAGAAUCAAAUCAUGGCCAGAUAGGUACCAAGGCUCAGCAUCAAAUAUCACCUUCAGUGACAUCAUGAUGGAAAAUGUCAGAAACCCUAUUAUCAUUGACCAAGAGUAUCAAUGCAAAUCAAACUGCAAGCCUUCACUUGUAAAGAUAAAAGAUAUUAGAUUCUCAAAUAUAAAGGGAACCACUAUUUCACCAAUUGCAGUGGAUUUAAGGUGUAGCAAGAAGUUCCCUUGCCAAAAUAUUAAUCUUGAGAAUAUAGACCUGACAAUUGCAAAAGAGCCUACUAGCUCUAGAUGUGCCAACGUUAAACCAAUUUACAAGGGCUUGCAAAAGCCACCAGGUUGUGCUUAA